AUGACGGACCAGCCCCGAAUCUACAAACACGCCGAUGCAGACGGACAAUUCCGUCGCAAGCCAUCGACAUUCCGCUCGUUCGUCUCGAGCGAUCCAUCCUCCGAGUUCCCCGCACAGAAAGACCGCUACGUGCUAUACCUGGGGUACAGCUGUCCCUGGGCGCACCGCACCAACAUUGUGCGCACCCUCAAGGGACUCGAAGACCUCAUCGAGCUGGUGGUGCUGGACCCGGAGCUGGGCCCGGACGGGUGGUUCUUCUCCGGCCGGUUUGGGUCAGCGGAGAGGGACCCCUUGUACGGAUUCAAGCUGCUCAAGGAGCUCUAUCUCAAGGCCGAUCCGCAGUACGAGGGCCGGUACACGAUCCCGGUCCUCUGGGACAAGCAGCGCCAAACGAUCGUCAACAAUGAAAGCAGCGAGAUCAUCCGCAUGUUCUACACCGAGUUCGACCAUCUCCUGCCCGAGGCGAGGCGCGAGGCCAACCAGCCGGGCGGCGGACUGUACCCCGCGCCUCUGCGAGCCGACAUCGACGCCAUGAACGAGUGGGUGUACGACAAGAUCAACAACGGGGUGUACAAGACCGGGUUCGCCACGACGCAGGAAGCGUACCAUGAGAACCUGUACCCGCUGUUUACGGCGCUGGACCGCGUCGAGGAGCAUCUCGGACAGCCCGGUCACCAGCCGUAUCUGUUUGGGGCGAACAUCACCGAGGCGGAUAUCCGGCUGUACACGACGAUUGCCCGCUUCGACGUGGCUUACUACCUGAUCUUCCGGUGCAAUCUGAGAAUGAUCCGGCAUGACUACCCGCGCAUUGAUCGCUGGUACCGGCGGCUGUACUACGACGAGUCGGACAGAACGCGGGGGGCGUUCAAGAAGACGACCUUUUUUGAUCUUUGUAAAAUCGGGUAUCUGAAGGCAACCGGGAAACAAUCCAACGGGCCGCUCAUCGUUCCCGCAGGGCCUGAGCCAGACAUCCUACCGUUCAAGGACUAG